AUGCGAUGUUUUGGUAAUCUUCUAAGCAAAAGAGUUGUUAGCCGAUAUUGUAAUGUUCAGCAGACAUUGUCAACAUUGGCCCACGCUAAAUAUUCGAAUAUUGCAGAGAAUAAACAAAGUGAAAAUCUUUUACUCAUGGAUGUCGAUUGUGGUAUUGAUGAUGCAAAUGCAAUUAUACUUGCAUUAUCCGCAUUUCGUACAUCGAAAUUGUUGGGUAUAACAUGUGUUAACGGUAAUAUCAGAGUCGACCAAGUUGUAAAGAAUGUAGCCUACGUUCUGGAAAUUUGCGAGCGCGACGAUAUUCCAGUCUUCGCAGGAGCUGAUCAUCCAUUGGUUACACAACACGUCCAUGCGCCUCCUUUUCACGGGACCGACGGAUUAGGUGAUAUCAAAAAAAGGAAUGAUAACCCAGAAUGGAAAGACAAAGUACUACGAGAAGACCAUGCUGUCCAUGCUAUGAUCAAUUUAAUUAAUCAGAAUAGGAAUAAAGUAAGUUUGAUUAUGAUUGGACCACUGACUAACCUUGCCUUAGCAUGCAGACUUGAUCCCACAUUUCCGAGUAAAGUCAAAGACUUGACCAUAAUGGGAGGAAAUUAUCAAGGUAAGGGUAACAUUACCACAGCCGCUGAAUUCAACUUUUAUGCCGAUCCGGAAGCUGCAAACGUUGUCCUAGAAACAUUUCCUGAUGUCUGCACCACCCGUAUUGUACCUUGGGAAAGUGCUUUAGCUAGCUAUCUACCCUGGGAUUGGGUUACAAAGAAAUGGUUUUGUCAAGGGACCAAAAAAAGUCAAUUUACUCGCAAUAUACUGGCUAAUGUCCUAGACAAUUGGAGAAACGAAUCUCCUAAAGGAUAUACAUCAAGUGAUGCCGUCGCGGUAGCAACUGUGUUAGAUCCAACAAUAGUAAAGGACUAUGUAGAAGUUGCGGCCAGUGUUGAAACAGAUGGAAGAUUAACCAAAGGCCAGGUUGUUAUUGACUGGGAUAAUCGUUCAAAUCGAUCACUUAUCCAAGUAAUAACCCAAAUUAACUUGAAAAAAUUUAAGGAAAUGAUGUGGAAUUCGACUUUAUGA